UAUUUACAUCACUCAUCCAGGGGGCGGUUCGAUGUGUUCUACACCAGGAAAUAGGUGUUCUUCGCGUAAAUACGGUUGCUUAUUGUCUUUGUUUGCAUGAAAAUUGUGGAGUUAAAAAGUGAGAAUGUGCGGAGGUGUGUUUCUCCUCGCGCUCGUCGUUUUAAUCGGUCCCGCGACUGAAGCUUUAGACAAUGGUCUGGCGCUGAAGCCCACUAUGGGCUGGCUGCACUGGGAGAGGUUCAUGUGUAAUAUCGACUGUGACAAGGACCCCGAUAACUGCAUCAGUGAGCGUCUGUACAUGCAGAUGGCAGAUGUGAUGGUGAAGGAGGGCUGGAAAGAGGCCGGAUACGAGUACGUCUGCAUCGAUGACUGCUGGCCCUCCCAUCAGCGUGAUGCCCAGGGCCGCCUGCAGGCAGACCCCAAAAGAUUCCCGGGGGGCAUCAAGAAACUGGCCGACUAUGUCCAUUCUAAGGGACUAAAGCUGGGUAUCUACGCAGAUGUUGGGAAAAAUACCUGUGCUGGAUACCCUGGCAGUCUGGGUUACUAUGAGACAGAUGCUCAGACUUUUGCUGACUGGGGUGUGGAUCUGCUCAAAUUUGAUGGCUGCUAUAUGGACAGGACCUUGCUGGGAGAAGGCUACAUAAACAUGUCACACGCACUGAACAAAACCAGAAGAAGUAUCCUGUACUCCUGUGAGUGGCCUUUAUAUGAGUGGCCUAUCCGACAGCCUAACUACACAGCUAUCCGUGAGACGUGUAACCACUGGCGCAACUUUGAUGACGUGUUUGACUCAUGGAGCUCUGUCAAGUCUAUCUUGGACUGGACAGCUUCUCAUCAGGAUAUCAUUGUCCCAUCGGCUGGACCUGGGGGCUGGAAUGACCCCGAUAUGCUGGUCAUCGGGAACUUUGGCCUGAGCCAUGACCAGCAGGAGUCUCAGAUGGCAUUAUGGGCCAUCAUGGCAGCCCCUCUGCUCAUGUCUAAUGAUCUGAGAGACAUUUGUCCUCGCUCCAAGGAGCUGUUACAGAACAGACGCAUCAUAGCUAUCAGCCAGGACCCACUGGGCAAGCAGGGAUACCGCACUCUGAAGGUGGACAGCUUUGAGGUCUGGGAGAGGCCUCUGUCUAAGAACCAGUUGGCUAUUGCUAUUCUGAAUAAACAGGAGAUUGGUGGUCCCCGAGGGUACGUCAUCGGAGCGGUUCCUGGUUGGAAGACCUGUGACCCCCUGUGUAAUGUCACACAGAUCCUGCCUCAGUACAAGGAGAUGGGCAUUCAGACUCCACACAGCAGCCUGGUUAUAUCUGUCAACCCUUCAGGCACUGCUCUACUCACUGUCACUCCCAUCAGCAAGCUUCACUGGCAGAACAUGUCUGUCAAACACAAGCACCCCACCAUUUUGUAGCCCUCAGGCACUUUUGCACUUUAUCUGCCUACACUGUAUUGAUUAAAUGGAAAGUUAGAUGUUUCAAAUUUUAAGAUCAGUUGUUUCUGUAAAAUAAAUUGAAGAUGUUUUAUACUGA